GAGCAAAGACAAAAUGAUUUCCCCCCACCGGAAAUUUGAGCGUGGUUUACGGCGGAUCUAAAAGAAGAAAUUUUUAAGCUCAGCCGGAAGAUGGACAAAGUUCUCAAGACACUGGAGCAACUCAAACGAAAGACAAGCGAAAAGCAGCCAGCUCCUCCGAACAAGGAAGACACCGCAAAGAAGCCUGAGCUAACUCCGGACGCGCUCAAUUCCAUCAUUGAUGAAGCACUGAAGCCGACAGAGAUGAACCAAGGGGGACAAAAUCAAGCUGGUGCAAGCGCAACCAGUCAGAAGAAUGCAGAGGCGGAAGAUAAAGUAGAAAGGAUGGUAUCGGAAGUGCAGAAGGAGGUCAACAACCUAAAGCUACUAAAGUAUGAUCUGGCGGUUGUGAAGGGUGCGUUGCAGAAGAUCAAUGAACCGACUCAUACCUGCACUCCGAUCGUGUCGUCUUCGGUUCAUCCGAACGGAUAUGUGGGGACAAUGGCUGGACUACCAACUUCAGUACAUGGUAGCCGCAAUAUUCCGAGCCGAAGCAUGCCAAGGAUAAGCGCACCAAACAAAAGCAGAUUGGGACGCGUAAUCCCUCCACACCCCAAGAGAGGACGAACGAAGAUUAAUCGCAACGUGUCGGCAACGAAGUCAAAGGCAAAAUGGAGCAUUAAUUUCGGGGUCGAUCCGAUGACGGACAUGCAGCUCCUUCGUCUUCACUACAUGGACUUGAAGGUCUUAUGCAAGAUGCAUGACAUCAGGUACAAGGACAAGCCGCAAGAGAUCUCGGCAUUGAGGCAAGUUCAUGGAUUGAUCGCCUACAAGGGGCGAGACUUCAACCGGGAUUCUGACUCGGAUCUUGAAACACAGAUCAUGCGAGAUCCAGAUACCAUCAGAGUGUCCAAUACAACUGGCGGUGACACAAGUGAGGAUGAUUACGAGAGCCUUAGUACAAGAUCAAGCGGGAGUGAUGAGUAUGACUCAUCCGACACAUCUUCGAGAUCCGAAGAUCUGUUGGGAAGGUAGAAGACACCUCAGCAUCAGGCGACCUCACCACGACACAGAAGUGGGAGAAGAUACACAAGCUAUCAACGAAAAAUGAGCAAG